GGAGCCAGAGCCCGGCAGCCGAGGCUGCAGCCAGCUGCCUGCCAUCCCUACCUGCACUGUCACCUAGCCACAACACCGACACAGGCACCACUGUUCCUCACGGGGAAAAAUAGGGAAGAGGGAUCUGAGGGAGGUGCACUGCAGAAGGAUCCCAGACAACCCAGGUGAUGACCUGAAAAAAUCAUGUCUGAGGUCCAGGGAACGGUCGAGUUUUCUGUGGAGCUACACAAAUUCCAUAAUGUGGACCUCUUCCAGAGAGGGUAUUACCAGAUAAGAGCUGGACUGAAGAUCCCAUCCAGGAUUCCCCACAGGCUGUUUGCUACAAUUGCAGGACAGACAGGUGAUUCCAGCCUUUGCUCAGCCUGUGUUCAUGAAAACAACGUUUACAGCAGAAUAUUUCAGAUUUUGUACAGAAAUGAAGAGAUCAUUCUUAAUGAAUCGAUGAACUUCAGAGUACACCUGCUUCUGGAUGGAGAAAGGGUUGAGGAUGCAUUGAGUGAGGCAGAUUUUCAGCUCAAGCUGGACUUGCACUUCACCGACACUGAACAACAGCUGAGAGAUGUUCCAGCGAUUCCCAUGAUCAGCAGCCGUACACUGUGUCUUCACUUCCACCCUCGGAGAGGUCUGCACCACCAUGUUCCUGUCAUGUUUGACUAUUUUCACCUGUCAGUGAUAUCUGUCACGGUGCACGCGUCACUGGUAGCAUUACACCAGCCUCUGAUCAGUUUUGCUCGUCCAGGGAAAGGGUCAUGGCUUGGUAAAGGCAACCUGGAGACAGGAGCAGAUCAGUCCAGUAUGUCAUUAGAAAAUCUAGUAUUUGGAGCUGGCUACUGCAAACCUACUUCUUCAGAGGGCAGCUUUUAUGUCCCAUCAGAAAACUGCAUGCAACACGCAUACAGAUGGCAUAAGGACCUCUGUCUUCUGCUUUUGAAUGCUCAAAGGGGACUUCACAUGUACUACACACUCAUAAUGAAGGAAAUCCCUGAUUUACCACAGCUGAAGUUGGAGGAGCUGCCUGUGGAAGAGACCUUAUCUCAGCUUUGUGUGGAGCUGCAGCUGCUGAGCAAUCCUGAGAAGAUAGCAGAACAGAUAAGCAAGGACCUUGCCUGGCUUUGCUCCCACCUCUUGGCCCUGUGGACGCAGUUCUUGGAGGUGACAACACUCCAUCCAGAAGUCACAGCUUAUCUGACUCAGGAACAUCACAUGCUAAGGGUGAGAAGAUUCUCAGAAGCUUUCUUCUACACUGAGCACCAGAAACUCGAUGCACUCACCUUCCAGGAAGGCCUGAUCCAAAGUCAUGGACAGAUUUCCACAGAAAUCCGUAAUUCAGAGUACUUCACCAGCAUGCCUCCACUUCCAGCAGAAUGUCUUGACAUAGAUGGGGACUGCAACACUCUCCCAGUUAUCUUUGAAGAUAGGUACAUAGAUAUGCCUUGCAAAGAUCAGAAUUUGGAAGUUCUCCCAGAUUUUGAGGUACCUGCAAAUAGUCAAAUGGAUGUGAGAGAUGACAAUGAAGAUAUUGCACCAAAUAAUGCCAUAGCAGUAAUGAAAGGAGACUGUGGGAAAGGUACUCUGUUAAUACAGACAGACAGGAUAAACAAGAAUCCUUCCUGCAUAUACAGUAGUAAUGAAGGUGCUGCUUAUACAGCUAAGAGUUUAAAUCAGCACUCUGCCUCUCAGGUAUGUACAGAGAACAAAGAAGGCCAAAGGAAAUCUGAAAGUAGUUUUGUUUCAAGUAAGGAAACUACUUCAGACUCAGAGCCAGGCAAUACAGAAUGCACAUCAGAAGGCUUUAAAACACACAAGGAAUUUUUAUUAAAAGACAAUAGACUUGCUGCAGAUGCUAUAUGCAGAGAUACAAAACUUAGCAAUAAGGAUUCCCACAAAAGUGAGCCUGUGUUAAUUGUCAGUGCUCAGUAUGAGUGUGGAGCAUGUGGAACUGAUGGUUUGGAAGACAGGACUGAAAUACAGAAAACAGAUGAAUCUAGUCAUCCUGAGAAUAACUUCACUUUGUGUGGUCUUCCACUGAAUGAGUUAACCAGUCAUGAAAAAACAGAGGAUCCAGACACCAAGGCUCUCGUGCCUGUUCUGAAAGCAUUGCCCACACACAGCUUACGAGGUGAGGAGUGUGAAGAAAUUACCCUGACGUCAGGGGUCAUAAAAAGAUCCUCCUCUCUAAUAUCUGAUUCAGGCAUUGAAAGUGAGCCAAGUUCGGUGGCGUGGUCUGAUGCUCGUAGCCGGGCGUUGGAGCUGCCCAGCGACAGAGAGAUGCUGCACCACUUGGUGCGGCGGCAUGCCGUGCACCGGAAUUCUCUGGAGGGUGGCCACACAGAAAGCAACACCAGCUUGCCUAGUGGCAUCCAAGCGUCACUCACAUCCAUCAGCUCGUUGCCCUUUGAGGAAGAGGAGAGGGAAGUGGAGCUUACCAAACUGACAAAAUCUGUCUCAGCUCCACAGAUCAGCAGUCCUGAAGAGCCUGCAGAGGAGGUAGAUAUAUCCAGACACAGUGAAGUGACCUCAGGAGGGAACUUAAAAAGUUGCACAGAAACCAAGAGUGGAGAAGGAAAAUUCAUUGUGGAUUUUUCCAAGUGUCAAAUUACAGCUGAAAGCAGAGAAUUAGAAUCAAAAGGACAUCCCAAAUCAUCUGUCAAACACAGCAGUAGUAGCACUGAGUUACAAGGAGAGGAGGAGAAGGAGGGUUUUUCAGAGGCUUUCUGUACUUUGGAAAAUGCAAGACCAUCCAUUUGUCCAAAGCAGCUCCAAAGUAAUGUUUCUGAGUGCCAGUCACUGGAGAACAAUGGUGAAUGCAGCUUAAAACCAUCAAGGGCUUGCAACUACUUAGGCCAAAAUGUACAUAAGUUUGAUACAUGCCUCGAAGAUUCAAAGGAUAAGCUUAAUCCAGAAACUUUAAUAUCGCAAGGCUUUUACUCCAACAUCAGAAUUUCAGGAGAAGAGAGUUUCUUACAAAGCAUAAAACCACUACCAGAAUCUUGUUAUCCUGUUCCAGCUCCUUCAGAGGCCUCAACUGAAUUUGACUCAGUGCAAGGAGAAUGUGGUAGCUCUCUUGCUGAUGAGAGUGCAGCAGCGUAUGCAGAAACACAGGGGUUACAAGAAAUCGAGCUCAGUGACUCACCUGCCUUGGCAGACCCUGCUGCAAGACCCUCCCAGGCUGAAUAUCCUCAGGACACCAAGAGCCAAGAGCAGGAAGUUGUGGCUAAUGGCACUGGGUUUCCUUUGGUGACAACGGAGGGAGUAGCCUUGGAAAGUAGAAAGGCUGUUGAUGUGGUUAACCUGUCUGUCUCUUGCACAGCCACAUGUCUUCCCUUUUCUUCUGUGCUCAAAGAGACUCCUGCUAUGGUUGGCUGCUCUGCAAAGCAGGCUGCAUUUCCCAUCACGCGCCAGCCUCUGGGCUCUUUUGGAGUUGUGUCUUCUAGUUCAAAUGAGAUGGAUGAAGAGACCAACGAAAGGAUGUUGAAUUUUUAUCAGGCCAAAGAAAAAUUUAAAAAAGAAAUGAAGAUUGAAGGAUUUCUGUACAGUGACUUAUCUGUACUAGCUUCUGAUAUCCCAUAUUUUCCACCAGAGGAAGAGGAGGAAAAUUUGGAAGAUGGAAUUCAUCUGGUUGUCUGUGUCCAUGGAUUGGAUGGUAACAGUGCAGAUCUGCGACUGGUUAAGACUUUUAUAGAAAUGGGACUCCCUGGUGGAAAACUGGACUUCUUAAUGUCUGAGAGAAAUCAGACUGAUACUUUUGCUGAUUUUGAUACAAUGACUGACCGUUUACUGGAUGAAAUUAUCCAGCAUAUCCAGUUGUACAACCUCUCCAUAUCCCGAAUAAGUUUUAUUGGACAUUCCCUGGGUAAUGUCAUCAUCAGAUCUGUACUAACUCGCCCCAGGUUUCGCUAUUACCUCAACAAGUUACACACCUUCCUGUCCCUCUCUGGGCCUCACCUGGGAACCCUUUACAACAACAGUACCUUGGUUAGUACAGGUCUGUGGCUCAUGCAGAAGCUGAAAAAAUCAGGGUCACUUUUGCAACUGACCUUCAGGGACAAUGCAGAUCUUCGCAAGUGUUUCCUUUAUCAGCUCAGCCAAAAAACGGGUCUUCAGUACUUUAAAAAUGUUGUGCUAGUGGCCUCACCUCAAGACAGAUACGUACCCUUUCAUUCAGCAAGAAUAGAGAUGUGCAAAAAUGCACUUAAGGACAGACACACAGGUCCUGUUUAUGCGGAAAUGAUUAACAACCUGCUCCAGCCUUUGAUUGGGGCAAAGAACUGCACUUUGAUCAGACACAACGUGUUCCAUGCUCUGCCUAACACCGCCAACACAUUGAUAGGUCGAGCUGCCCACAUAGCUGUGCUGGACUCUGAACUUUUCUUGGAGAAGUUUUUCCUCGUGGCAGGACUCAACUACUUCAAAUAGUGCCUGAAAUACGGAAUAACAGAGGCAAAACUUUUCACUGAACGGAGGACAAUUCCUCAGCCAGAAGAGUGCAGUCUUAGAAAUGAGAUCAGGUGGAACUUUCAAAUUCCAUUUCUGUUUCAGAGAAUAAAGUGCUAUGAAUUUAAGGCAUUCAAGCUUCCAAAUAUUGGUGCUUUUGGAAGAAAUAAAAAUUCCUCUUCAGUGUCUAUGUUGUUUGUCCACAUAAAGAUAUUAGCCACUUCUGAAGUACAGAAUCAGAAUAAGCAGGCUAAUUCUCUGAAUGUGAUUUGACCAGUAUGGUUCCCAUUUCUCCUGAAUAUUAACCCAGGAGCUUGGCUGUCCUUGAUUUAAUGCUUAUUUAUGUAUUAAUGAAGCUAUACAUUUGUAGCACUUUUGGGGUAGUUAACACAAGAGAAAACAAGCAUAUAUGAACUCAGGUUAAAAACUUCUUUGUGAUGAACUGAGAGGUCUGAAAAACAUCUGUGAAAGUUGUGAUGUUUCUGUUUCUUGAAAGAAAAUAUUUGGAUGUUUAUUACUGGUAAUAAUUUGGAAGUGCAUUCAAAUACUGGAAAGUAAUGAAAUGUUUAAUGCAGAAUGAAGAAAUCUUGAUAUUUGUCUUUUAUAAAGAAUAUAUACAUAUAUAUUUAAAGUUGGGAAGAAUUUUGUUCAAGUUAGAAGCUGCCAAACCAAAAGGAGUUUAUUGGAUUACUUGUAAAGUAUCAGUGGCAUCUGCUAGUAUUUCUUUUGUUUACACUUAUAGAAGAUCAUUAUCAUGCUUGUUAUAACGUUAGAAGUACAAAUUUUACUGUUACAUUUGUAUCUAAGGACAACUUACUCCCCCACCCCUUUUUAUUUAUUUUUAAUUUAUUAGUCUGAUAUGAAAUUUAAAAUUUAGCCAGUAACACUCCUAAAAAAAAAGCAAUCAGAUGAAAGCAGCUGAAAUACAAAGUGGCAGGGAUUGUUGAAAAUUCUGACUGCUCUGCAAUACUCUAUUAAUGCUUUACUGAUGUCCAUUUGCAGUGCUAGAUAUGGUCCUAAUUACUGACUGCUUACAGAGGGUUAAAACAUUUAAACAAAGAUAUAAUCAAAAUUGUCUUUAAGGGUUCAAAAAACCCUCAUUUUUUUCAUGUUUAUAGAUGUUUUCAAUUUUCAUUAGAAUUUUUAUCAUAAAGCUCUCAGAUUUAAAGUGACCAAUUUAAAUAUCUUUCUAUGCAUUUUCAUACAAUUUUGAUACAUUUUCAAUGUCACAGCAAUUUUUUCAAAAAAAAAAAAAGAAAAGAAAAGAAAGCAAAUAAUUUGUCUGAUUUUUUUUUGGGGGGGGAAGGCAGGCUACAUUUUAAUGCAAAUAGACUUUGUUUUAAAACAUAACUUACCAGCCUUCUGCAUCUUGUGACAAAAACUAUCCAAACCUUACAAAGGUCAAGACUCUCAUUAGUAGAUUAAGAUCAAGUUACUGGAAGUUUCUGAAAGAAGAGAAAUAAGAAAUUAAAACUCACAGCAAUAUGGAAAUAUCUGUACACACACACACACAAAACCCCUUUUUUUUUUUUCUAAAGAAUGGUAAAUUUAUGCAGAAUUAAUUCAAGAAAAGAGUUAUUAAUGGGCCAGUAAAUGCUGCUAAAGAACAAGGCUGGUUUGAUAAUAGAGGCAUGUUUUUAAAAUAGGAAUGAGAAAGAAGGAAUAAGAAAGAGUGAGAUUAAGAUCAUUUCAAGUUAGGAAGGUAUAUUGCACAUAAAAAAUUAUCUGCCCCUCAAAGAGUCAGAAAUUACAUAGACAUAUUCUAUGCUGUGUUUCAGUAUUGAUAAUUUGUAUGAACAUCACGUAUUAUUCCAGUACUUGAACUGAAUAUAUAUAUAUAUACACACAUUAUUACCCCCCCUUUUUUUUUCUCCUUUUAUAAAUUGACACUUUCAAGCUAAAAGCUGGAUUUAACCAAUAAACAAAUGAAUUCUGUCAGGAAUAAAGGAUUUCUUAUUCCCACUUUUUGUUUGGGAAGCCUUGGUUAGGUUUUGGCUUCACGAUUUGAGUGCCAGCUACACUUAACAUAUCACAUCUUGCUUCUUCUCUGGCAAAUUGCUUACAGGCUUUUAAAAACGAUGAGACAUGUGUGUUAAGCUGUUACACAGCACAGUGCUUUUCAUCCACAGACAUGGGUUCCUUAGGAGUAUGUGAAAAACAGAAAACAAAUGAAAGCAAUCUCUGACCAUCACAAAGCUUCAGUGUGUUGUAUGAGGGUCUGCUUCUCCUUUAGAAAGUGUUCAGGAGCCUGUAACAAAAAAUUGUGACAAACUCUGAGAGUUUAGUUUACUCAUGCCGAGUGUAUGUGUGUAUAUAUGUAUACAGUCUGUACAAAGAAAUGUGUUUGUUUCAAUAUCUCACACACAAGCUUUUUCAGUCUUGAGUAUACUAUGUCCAACAGUUUACCACUGUAGCUGUUCUUACAUUUACUUUGUUGAUUUCUUGCCUUGCCUUGAACAUUAGAUGGCAUCCUCAGCCUUCUGUUUGCGUGACUGGGAAAGAAACGUGAAGAGGUCUCUUUUGUAUCGCUGCAGACGUUGGCAGGCCUUUCAGCGUGUUUACUUUCACAUUCUAUUCUGAUACCAGUGCCCUAAUUGAUGGCUAAACAUACCUAAAGAUUUCCAUGUUCCAGUACAUGUAGUAUUCUUUCAUGGCUCCAGUGCUGAUUUCAGAAUUGGAGCUGGAUUGUACUUGGAGUUGGAUGAGGUCCAUGAAACUUGCUCCUUGUAAAGUGUGGCAGAGAGCUUCAAUGAAGUUGCAAAAGAAUCUGGGAGCUGUCAUUCCUGUGAAAUGAUGUGAUGCGCAUUUUAUCUUCUCUGUGCUGGUAGAACAUUAUGGGAAAUAGUCAGCAAUGGUCUAGCUGAGCAUUCAUCUUAAAGUUCUCUGAAAAGGAUUUUUAAAAAUUGCUUUUCUUUUUUAUUGUUUUUAGUGGCUAUUGCCUUGAUAAUGACUCACAAGGCUGUAAAGCCGCUCUAAUUGUGUGGACUAUAAUUCUAAUUG